GAACAAAGAAAAACCACAUAUAUCCCUAAAGACUUGCAAAGGAAUAGAGGGGAAUUCCCUAUUUUCUUGGGAAGCAGCUCAUCUGUAAACACUAUAAAAUGGCUCCAGCAAUCACAUCUCAUAAAAUAUCAAUACAAAUUUAAAAAAAAAAAACAAGAAAAAUAACAUUAGAAAAGAUGAAUUGCUCAAAGUUUCUUAUUGUCUUCACAUUUGCAAUCUUCUUGGUAGCACAUUCCGGGGAGAGCGCCGUCAUCAAUAUUGCAGCAAAACCAAAUGCAGAUAUCGCCGCGGAUUUGUUGAGUGCAUGGAAAGAAGCAUGCGCAGCACCAACCGGAGGAACCAUUGUGAUCCCAAAAGGCACAUUUCCAAUGACCCAAGUACAGCUCUCCGGUCCAUGCAAGGGUCCCAUUGAACUCCAAAACCAAGCCACCUUGAAAGCCCCUGAUGACCCCAAGACCCUUGAUAGCACCAAGGAGUGGCUCACCGUCCAAAAUGUUGACCGGUUCACGCUCUCGGGUACCGGCGUCUUCGACGGCCAAGGCGCUAAAUCUUGGGGGCAGAACGAUUGCAAGAAAAGCGGAUCUUGCAACAAGCUUCCCAACAAUUUGAGCUUUAAUUUCUUGACAAACUCGUUGAUCCGGGACAUCACGUCUCUGGACAGCAAGUUGUUCCACGUGAACGUUUUGGGCGGGAAGAACCUGACGUUCGACCACGUGACCAUCACGGCGCCGGGGACGAGCCCAAACACGGACGGGAUCCACAUCGCGAAGAUCGUAGACGUUAGCGUGAAGGACAGCACCAUCGGGACCGGGGACGACUGCAUCUCGAUCGGGGACGGGACCGAGAACCUCCACAUCACGGGCGUGACGUGCGGGCCCGGGCACGGGAUCAGCAUCGGGAGUCUGGGGAAGACGCCCGGCGAGGAGCCCGUGAAGGGCGUGUUCCUCGAGAAGUGCACCUUCGUCAAGACCGACAACGGGGUGAGGAUCAAGACGUGGCCCGACUCCCACCCCGGGGUCGUGACGGACGUGCACUACACUGACCUCACGAUGAAGGACGUGAAGAACCCGAUCGUGAUCGACCAAGAGUAUUGCCCCAACAACGCGUGCACCAAGGUGAAGCCGUCGCAGGUGAAGAUCAGCAAGGUGAGCUACAAAGGGGUCACCGGAACCUCCGCGACGGAGGACGCCGUGAUCUUCGCCUGCAGCAGCGGAGUGCCAUGCGAGGGAGUUGACGUCGGCGACAUUGACUUGACCUUCUCCGGCGGCGCCGCGAAAUCGGUUUGUACCAAUGUCAAGCCCACCUUCACCGGAAAGCAGAAUCCGGCGCUUUGCACCACCAAGGCAGCCUCCGCUUAAAAACUCCAUCCCCUAUUUUUCAUGAUGAGUAGUAGUGAAAUGCCGAUACCUAAGAAUUGAUUAACUACAUAUUAUGUAACAAGUUGAAAAUAAUAAGAAAGAUCAGAGGGCAGCAGGUUAAGUAUUACUAUGUAUAUAAAUAUAUCCAACAAUUGUGGAUAUAAGAGGCAAUAUAAUAAGAAAUAAUCCAAUUUGUAUGAUGGCAAAGAUAUUACUCCCUAGUCCGGCCUCCUACCCGGAGUAUUAUGUUUUUUAACUAAAUUGAUUUGUUAUUG